AUAGUCAAUAAUCGGGGCAAAAAACACAAAAUUACGAAUAAAAUUUUUCGAAUCACGCGGUAUUAGCGAACACGUGACUUAAAAAAUGACAGUUGACUACUGUCAUUUUUGCGAAGUUUGUUCAAUAAUUUGUUGUGAUAAAAACUGGUAAAACAGACUAAUUAAAAAUGACCAAGUCUUCAGGAGUAUUCCUCGAUGUUGACCCUACUAUUGUAGAGAAUAAUCUACGGUUUGCGACCGACGCAAACGAGGAAGAAUUUAAUAAAAUAUUUAACCCGCCAGGGGAACAGUUCCCGUCCAAAUUGGUGAAACCAUUUCCCGGGUUCUGUAUCAAAACCCACGAGAUCGGUUCCGAUACGAAAUUCUUCGUCAACAUUUGCCACACUGACGCAAUUCCAGCCCCGAAAGACAUUUCAGAAAACGAGCUGAAAGAUAUCCUGAACUCUGACGAUGCGCCGAAUUUUCGGGUGCCCAUGAGCAUCGGCGAAAUACGCAACGAUAAAGAUAAGAAAGGAGAAGAUGCUAAAGCUUGCGAUGUCGCCAUUCAUCCCACUUUUUUCAAAAAAGUCGAGCAAAGUCAGCUAUUUAAAAGUUUCUUUGUUACGAUCGUUUUCGAGGGAUUGAAGGACAAAUAUGGGAUUAUAUGCAAAGACGAAAAAAUUAUCUUGCAGAAUAGGAAAGCGUUCGGUAAUUUGCAAGUUCAUCGGGUACAACAGCGCGAAAUUGACGAAAAAAUGAGAAGUGCGAAGUCGCCUAUUGAAGAGCUACGAGGUAAUAAUGAAGCUCCGAGGGGAAAACCGUUGAUUGAAACGAUCUCGAGUAACGAGAUGAAGUGCAGAGAACCGGAGUAUAGAUUAUUUAGGCGGAAAGCGAAACCGAAUUGUUUGAUCGGAGAAUUUAAAUUUCCAGAUAUUAUUUCAGCCAAAGAGCUUACUCUCGAUAUUGGCGAAGACCGAAUUGUCAUAGAAUCAACUUCAAAGCACUAUUUACUGGACGUGUUUGUCCCGUUAGUAAUUAGGCAAGCCUCUUGUACUUCAACGUUCAGUAAAGCGACAAAGGUUUUAACAGUAACAAUGCCCCUCGUGGGAGGUUAAUUAUUGCAUCAUUAGAAUCGUUAAAUAUUUUUAGAAUAAAUUUAAUUACAAUAAAAAUUGAUUAUGAAAUUUA